CAAAACCCCCGAAAAUUUUUCAAACGCUCCCGCGUUUUCACCUUCCCUCCUUACAAAGCUCCCUCUUCCCUCUCCCUCCUUUCUCCUCCUCAGAUCUCACUUUCAACUCCCUCUCUCCCUCCGCGCGCUUCCCUCCGCAGCAGCAGCAGCACCAGCACCAGCACCAGGACCGCUGCCGAUGGGAAAGCAACCGCGCGGCGGCGGCGGCGGCGGCGGCAAGAAGCCCGACAACGUCGGCAAGGGCAAGGUCACCCCGGUCCAGAUCGCCUUCAUCGUCGACCGCUACCUCCACGACAACGGCUACCGCCAGAGCCGCUCCGCCUUCCGCGCCGAGGCCUCCUCCCUCGCCAAAUCCCCUCUCCACGAGGCGCCGAAGGGGUUGCUAAGCCUGGACGCGAUGCUGAACGAGUACAUCAGCUUGAAGGAGCAGAAGGUGGCGGUGGACCAGGAGCGGGUCCAGCUGGAGCAGGAGCGGUGGAGGAUCCAGGCGCUGCUGCAGGGCAUGCAGGACGCCAUGAGCGCUUACAACGCCGCCGCCGCCGGCCCCCCCACUCCGGUGAUUCAAGCUCCUCCCGCCGACAACUUGGCGGUCGCUCAUCCUCCUCCGCCCAACCCGGGCGGCGGAUCGCCUACAGGUUGUCCUGCAUACAAUACGCCCUCCCCUGUGCUGCCAUCCAUGUUGUCAAAGGCCGGUUUAAAUCCAGAGAAGAGCUCUCUGCAUUCAGGAGGUCAACCAUAUUCAGGCAAAAGGAAGGGUCCAAACACUUCCACUUCAUUGGCAAAGAAACCUCGCAGUAUUUCAUCCUCGAGCAGGUUGCCUGACCAAUCUGCAGGUAUAAUUACACAGUCAAUUGAAGGCAACACUAAUCAAGGAAAUGCUAACAUUUCCGGGUCAGUGCAAAGCUUAACCCAGAAAAGUGUAAUCAGUGGUUCAUCGGUUCAAGGGUCCAGUAUUGUCAAGAGGUUGUUCAAUCAGCCUUUGCCGUGUACUCCAAAUAAAUCAUCUGGUCCGAAAACACCACCACAGGGGAUUUCUUCUGUGAAUGACAAAUCUGCAUCCUCAGUAGAUGUAUCUUCAAAUGCGGGCUGCAGUAACAAUACUACACCUCAAGAAGCCAGCCCAAGUCGCUGCACUGUGGUUUCCUACGAAAGAGUUACAGUGAGCCCUUAUAAGCAAGGUGGCCUUUACACGAUUGAGAGGAGCCACUGCAUUUCUUCUACCUCACCAGCCAAGACGGAUUUGAAGAGACUUCAUAGAAGGGAACAUGUUAAGGGAAGAUUGGAUUUUGAUAAUCCUGACGUGCCAACUAGCUUGGGCGAAGAGCAGGCUGACAAUCCUUCAACAUCUCAAUCUCAAAGCGAUGUUGACAUUUUUGACAUAGAUUUCCCCAACUUAGAAGCAUUUGGAGUCUCAUUUUCUGAAUUUUUAGUUGAUUUUGAUUUUGACUGCGAUGGGAUGAAUAUUUCUAGCCAGCCACUAUCAGAUGCUUCUCCAGAAACAAUCUCAGAGUCUUCUCCUGAAUCAAGGGGUAACAAUUUGGGGGCUCAUCAGUGUUUGUCAGAGUCUCCAGGACCAGUUAUAGAAGUUCUUUCAGAAAAUGACAUGAAUCUCACAGGCCUAAGCGGAACAAUGGAAACUGUGGAAAAGCAUCCGGAGCCCGGGCAAUAACUUUUGUCCAGUUCUGAUGUUGCAUCAUUUUCCUCCUCAAGUACUACUAAGAAAAGCAUGGAUUUUUUAACUUGAAAUUGCAGCAGAGGGUCUGAGAACUUGGACCAGGAGUAUGAUGCAUCAGAGAAUUGAUUCCCUCUUACGUUGCAGUUAGGACACUUAACAGCAAACUGAUCUGAAUCUACCAGACAAGCUAAUCUAGCCCUGUUUAUUGUGUCUAAUGUUAGAGCACUGACUUAAUUUGGUGCAUAUAUACUAAGUCUUUGAUUGAUUAUUUCCCAUCAACAUCUCAACUUGUAUGCAGUUGUUAGAGUACUUCAAGUUCUUCUUUAACCAUACAUCACCUUAUCAGCCAAUCCGCACGGCUGCUUGUACAUUUUUUUCGCUGAUCGGUCCUGUUUCCAAGUUCACCAUGGAAGUGCAAUUCUCUUGAACAAAAGAUGUGAUAUUUUACUGGCUAUUGCAA